AUGGAAAAACUAGAUAAAACAUGUAGUAUUUGUUUACAUGAUCGUAAACAACCUAAAAUAUUGACAUGUUUACAUGUUUAUUGUUGUCAAUGUUUACUUGAUUACGUCAACAAAUCUCUCAAAGACGGACAAUUUCCGUGUCCUCUAUCUCGUGAACAAAUUCAACUUCCUUCUGGUGGAGUCAGGAAUUUCAGGAUUUUCCUGAAGGUGAUGGAAGUGAUGACGAAAUAG